AUGGAUCCACAGCUUCCAAGAUCUCCAGAAGCUGCUAUGGCUUCCCAUGAUAAUGGAAACGUCACAGAAUAUGGAACACGGCCGCGCAAGAGCAUUCUUAAGCUGCGGGAUGGCAACACAAUGCCGUUGAUCCCUCUCAACGACAUCGAUGGUCAAGAACCUACCAAAAUUGUCAACAGACGAGUUUCUUUCGCUGAGAAAGUCAAGCUCCAUCAAAUUGACUUGGUGCAUGUUUCUCAACUGGAGUGGUCCGAUUCAGGUCUGGCCAGCAUGGACGAUUCUGAGGAAGAUAUCAGCUUUCUGAAGCUUGAAGCAGAUGCUGAUCUGAUCAUCAGCGAGCUUCAACCGGAAGUUCCUCAAUUAAGUAGUGACGAAGAUGAAGAUGGUCAAGAUGAGGAGCAGACAAUGGAGCUAACUGGCCAGAUAAUAGCGCUGGAAACACAUCACAAUCAAACAGAGGAAUCAAAUCAAACCCCAGAGCCACUUCAAGAACAAUCAGGACAACAAUACGAAAAACCACAGGAUCAACUUCUUAGAGGUCAAUCAGAAGAGUCAGCUCAUGAACAUCCAAACGGAAUACGUGGCUCGGAGAAGCCAGAGCUAGAAGAAUCGAAUCUAGAAGCAUUAGACCUACCACAAGAGCCACAAGAGAAGAAGAAUCAAAAAGAGCCACAACACAGCGAAAAGGAUCUGGUGGAAUCACUAGAAGCAAGGUGGGUAGAGGGAGAAGUGGAUGAGGCCGAUAUGGAGCUUACUGAACCCAUCAACGUACACGUAUCUGAAGAUCAAGUUGAAACUCAAGAAAACGAGGAAUUCACCAUGGAUAUCACCAAACAAUACAGGCACCCUCAGAUUGUUGCAGAUGCUACAGUGGAGUUGACAAUGGAGAUUACUAAACAAUAUGAAGUUCCACAACUCUCCAGUGCAUUGGGUAGCGAGGAUGAAAGAACCGAGCAACGUCAAAACAAGUCUUCGAGUCCGUUUCAAAUUCCUCAGCUCCAACCGCUCACAGACGAGAGCGAGGAGAGCGACAAUGAUGUUCCAAUGGAAUUGACCCAACAAAUUCCAACGAUGAGGGAAGAGUCAAUCGUGAAGCACGCCAAGGAAGACUUGGACCUCCAACUAAUCGCAAAUAGAAAUGGUGGGACCGAGACUACGACCGAAACAGACACACAUGUGGAUCGCCAACUCGGAGAUCUCGAGGAAGAAGUGGAAGGCGAAGAAGCCGAAGAAGAAGAGAUGGAAUUGACUGGAACGAUUGGAAGAGCAACAGAUAAUUCUUCAAAAAGCGCAGCCCCAGUUUCGUACGAAGCUGGUAAACAACUCAAGCCUGAAAGUUCUUCCGUCUCGGAUCAAAAUAGAGAGAAAGAACCUAGCAGUCCGCCGGGACAAGUGGAAGAGGAAUCGCAAAAUCUCAUUAAUGACAAUGCUCCACAGGCGCAAGCCAAUUCAAACCCCAGCACUCCAAAGUCAAAUAGCCUUCCUAAUGGAAAGCGCUCCAGGUUGAACGAUUUCCAAAAUCUGCCAAAGCUCUUGCUUGCAGAAACUGCCAAAACAACCACAAUUCCAUUGGCAGAGGCGUCUGCGUCAAGUGGCGAAAACGACAUCGACAUCCCAGUUGUUUCCCUCACCGAAUUUUUAACUGAGAUUGGCAUCAAGUUUUACGAUGACUUGGAAUUCUCUACAGAUAUGUCUAACAGAUACAGGCUCUCACUCUCCGAUGCACACAGCCCAUUGACACAAGCGGAUUAUUAUCGAGCAAAUAUCCAACUUCCAGUGUUGGAAGUUUAUGAGCUUUGUUGUAAGGAACUAUCUGGAAAGAUCAAACAAGGGAUGGAUUUAUUUGAUGAACUCAAAACCGCAACUCUACAGAACAAUCCAGAUAUCUUUCGAGAGUACUUCAAGGCGUCUUUUUACGACCAAAUGACCAUGAAGUCUCGAUUUCACACAUUGAAAGAGUAUACAAGACAGCAAGCAAAGCAGAUCUGGUAUCAGUGGAGAACAAAACUCAUCGAGAACAUUAUUGAUGUCUUGAGAGGAAAUUUGGAAAUCAUACAAUCUGAUAAAUCUACUUUGAUAGAUCAGAUAUCUUCACUUGAUACCAUUUACAGGGACAUACAACUGGAGCAUCACAGGAUUCGGCUCGAUAUUCUUCAAUUCAAGGAUAUCCAGUCAAGAUUCGAGGACUUGGAUACGGAACAACUCAAAAACAUUAAAUCCAAACUCACAGAUCUUAACAAACAGCUAAUUGACUAUAAAGCGAAGAUCAAGGAGAAAGAGACGGAAUUGAAAGCGUUGCAAAGCAAAAUCGAGGAUAGAAACACACAGAUCAGCAGUCUCAAGUUGCAAAUCACUGAAUCAGACAAUAAACUUCUCAAAACGCGCCCUUUCAACAGCGCUGAAAUCGGCGCAUUGGAGCUUAAGUCUCUAAUAUUUCAGGCUGGAGCAGGUUUGGAGUAUGUCAAAGUGGUGCAAGAAAAGACAAUUGAAUUCCGAUUCAAUUCUAUAAUCAAAGUCACCGUGAAUUUUAUGGAACCCGAAUUAUCACAAAGUAUCACCUUUCUGCUUCUUAACGAACCAAAAGAAGAGGUGCUACACAACGAGUUCUUGCUAGUGAAUUACUGCCAGAAGCUAGCCGAGCAUACAAGCUUCACUAAUAUCUACGAUUCUUUUGUAAGUUUUCGGAGGAAAUGGCUCAAAAUCACAGAGAUCGAUCGAGACGUGUACCAAAUCUCCGUGAAAUAUCCUGUGAGGUUCAAUUUGAACAGUGACCACAUAGAUUUUACUUUCCGCUACUACUCAUUUGAGCACAAGCAAAGGGCCCAGUGCAACGUGACAAUUCCAUUAGAUACCAUCUUGGAGUAUCCAAAGAACGUGAAAUUCCAUGUUACUCCCCACAGACCAUCGCAAAGAGACGAGCUCGAUAUUAGACGUGCAAUCACCUCGGGAUCCACGAAGUACCAUAUGUUUCGCAGUUUGCAGGAAGCUAAAAUCUGA